CUCAUCUCUCUCCGGUGCUUUAAACGCAACUGCCUGCCCGCCACGCACUGGGAAAAUGUUGGUGCUUCUGGUGUUCAUUAUUGUUUUCCACAUCACCUCCGCCACCCUGCUUUUCAUUGCCACCAUCAACAACGCCUGGUGGGUCGCAGAAGAAUUAUUUGCAGAUGUCUGGAGGGUCUGCGUCAACAACACGAAUUGUACGGAAAUCGACACCACCUUUCAAGAUUACUCUACGAUGCAGGCGGUCCAGGCCACCAUGAUCCUGUCUACCACUCUCUGCUGUGUCGCCUUCCUGGUCUUCGUGGUCCAGCUCUUCCGCCUCAAGCAGGGGGAGAGAUUUGUUUUGACCUCCAUCAUCCAGCUCAUGUCAUGCCUGUGUGUCAUGAUUGCGGCUUCCAUUUAUACGGACCGGCGCCAAGACCUCCAUGAGAAAAACCAAAGAUGGUACUCCCAGGCCUCGGACGGCAGAUUCGGCUACUCCUUCAUCCUGGCCUGGGUGGCCUUUGCCUUCACCUUCACCAGCGGCCUCAUGUAUCUGAUACUAAGGAAGCGCAAAUAGUACACAAGGGCCAGGUUGCGUUCGCUGCAAUACAGAAUCCACAUUCAGAUAAACCGUUUUGUAUAUAAUCUUUUUUUUUUUUUUUGUGGUUUUUCUAGCAAAUGUUGUUUCCUUUAAAGGCCAAAGAGAAGAGUUUUUGCAUUCUUGAGAUGAGAGUAUAGACUAUGAGGCUGGAAUUCAGAACUCCCGCCUGUCCGAAAGUCCCACCAAGACGCAGCCAACAAUCGGCGAUGCUCAAAUCCAAAAAUGUUCAGCGGGCUGUUUCUCGACCGUGGGGAUGGCAUGUGAUGGGACCAGAGGCUGAGAAUGGCGGAUCUCGGGGGGCUGUCUUGCCUAGCUUUGGGCCACACCAAGCCCUCUCAGCCCAGCUUCCCUUCCCCAGUCUCUCUGGGUGAGUGGGGGUGCAGGGCCCAGGUGAGGGAUGAAACCUCCCCAGAUGUUUAGCCAAGUUCCAUGUGAGGAACAAGCAUAGUCCCUGGUGUCAUGUCUCUCUCCAGACUAGAGCCCCCACCCUCCUGUAAUGGGGUGUAACUGAGUCCAGAAAGCGCCACCAGAUUUUCAGACUAUCUGCUUGCUUUUGGGAAGUGGGUCUUUAACCUGGAGGUCAGAUUUAAGCUCACCCUAAGGCACAGAAUUUCAGCUCGCGAUCCCUAGCACACCAAAUAAAAUGCAGACGAUUGGGGUCCUGCCCUAGACCUUCAGAGCUGGUCUUCAGGGAUGGGGCCUGGGAACCUGCAUUUUGGACAGGCCUCUCGGGGAUGCUGAGGUGUACCACCAUCCCGGGGCCAGAUGUAAAUGCUCAAGGCCUCAUCAGGUUGAGUGGGGAGGUGCAGGCUGAAACCCUGGCCCCCUUCAGCCUUGGAGUCCCCCCUAUCUCUUCCACAGCUGCCUACAUCUGGACCACCCGAAGUCCAGGCCCUGGCCAGGCCUCCUGACAGCCAGACACCCUGGGCAUGUAGCCUCCUUCCUCCAAGCCAGAAGGCCUCUCCCUUCUCUUUCCGCCCUGCCUUCUAAGCUGGCCAGCCUCUCUCUGCCCGUUUCUAGUGCCUCAGAGGAUGCCUCCACCAUUCAUUCAUUCAUUCGUUCAUUCAUUCAUUCAUCAACAUAGAUUAUGGAAUGCUUGUUGCCUGCCAGGCACAGGACAUACGUUGAGACAUUCUCCUUGUGGGGCUGAUAGUCUAUUGGAGGAGACGAUUAAAAACCAGUGAGGAAAGCUGAAUACAGGUUGUCAUGGAGGCUGCAAAGAGUACAACCAGGGAUUCCAAAGAGGGGCCAUGGGGCAGGAGGGAACCUGCUCUUUGCCUGCCUCCUUUUCUCCUUCUGGAAGCCUUUAGAUCAGCUGAAAUACGCUCCAGGGCAGAAAGCAUUCAUUGGGUCGUGUUGUCUCUUACACCCAGAGAGCGCUCACUUCCAUGAAGGGUCCCAGGGUCCUGGCAGCAGAUGAAACUGUGAGGUGCUUGCAGAUCGCCGUGGCCUCAAACUUAAGUGGUCGCACAGGCCUGCCAGGGUCUGGGUGAGGCAGCACCCCUCAAUUCUGAGGAACACGGUUUGCAGAGUUUGCCCUUAGUUGUGAACACUGUGAGGUGUGUGGCAUUGCAGGGGACCUCGGAGGUGCUGAUGGCGGAAGUGCUUUGCGCCCCACUGUUUUCUGUCCUGUGUUUUGCGUGCGGCCAGGGAGGUGUGCCUGGGCCUGUGUGGGACCCGCCCACCAGGUCUUGCAUGUGUACUGUUUAAAUGCUUCUGCACUUGACUUGCUGAGUGGACUGCUGAUUUGCUGUCAGCCCAGUUCUAGAGGACCUGGGGUGUCAUCUGGUUGGGGUAGGUUUCAGGCCCGUGAACAGCUCUUCAGUGCAGCUGGGUCUCCUCUGUGUCUGUGUCUCUUCUCUCCUUCACUCAUUUUUAACUGAGUAUGAGGUUCUUACCCCGCCUUGGGUACUGUGGGAGGCUUUGAAAACACACACAAGUGAAUCCAGCCAUUUGCCCUAAGACAGGACCCCCUCCCCACAGAGAGGCCACCAGUAUAGUGCAGGGUGAUGCGGGACCAGAGAUGAGAAACUGUCCCCUCCUGCCUCCAUGGAAGCCUGUCACAGGCAUGUUAUAGGUCGGUGGGUGGGUCAUACUCCUGGGGCUUGCAGGCUGCUGCUCCUUGAGCUUCAUGAGGAAGGGGGAUCCAGGUUCCCCCACUCUUUCUACCCUGGUGGCUUUUCUGUAAUUUUCUGGUAGCCAUGAAGGAAACAAACAAAAACCCAUAAACCGGAAAUCUGGAAAGGCUAAUCCCCAAGCAAUGCCUGAAUUUCCCUUCCCUAAGAGCUUCGUAGGUGUGUGAGCGUCUGAAAUAACUCCAUGGCGUUUCCUGGCCAAUCACCACUGCUGUACAGCAUUCAGGGCCCGCCUCCGUGGUGCCAUAACUUUGUGAAAUGUGAGAGAUGCCUUUUCCUCCCCCUGGGGAAGCGCGAAGAAGUGAUGGCAGAGGGAGAAAAUACCCAGCCUCACCCAUAGGUAGGAUCGGCCCUCACUUGGUGCUUAUUAGCGGUUAUGCAAGAACAAGAAGCAAAGAUUAGGACCAAAUCUACUACUGGUAACAAUGGUAUUUGAAGGAACUGUAGGCGCAUUUUAGGACUUUUUUUUUUUUUAUAAAGUACUGUAAUUCUUUCAUUGAGAGGCUGUGGAUGGAGACAGACUAACUCAUUUUGUCAUUUGCAUUAAAAUUACUUUGGGUCUCUGUUCAAAUUGGGUUUGGAGAAUUGAUUUGCUCUGCGUGGAUGUAUAUAUUCAUACCCGAAUAUGGGAAAAUCAGGAGACAUUCCCCGACUCUCACACUCUCUGCUGGAGGCUGUGUGCGUGUGUGCAUCCCUGACCAUCAGGCUGAAGUCUUAGGAUGCUCUAUUAACUAGACCCCCCACCCUGCCCCCAAGCCUACACGUACACACCGAACACCGUAGCUUAGGUAGAAACUAGCCUCGUUUUAGAUCUGCCUGGGUGGGGAAUUACUAAACUUGCUAAUAGCUGAGAGGUUACCUAACAAUACAGCAAAGGUGGACAGUUUUGUAUAUUGGACAGUGGUUUGGAGGAAAUGCUAAGGAUACUCUAAAUUUGAAUCUUGGUUUGGAAACAAAUACGAUUUCAGGGUAGUUAGAUACUUUCCUACUUAAUGUGCCUAUAAAAUAGUCUAUUUUCUAUGUUUUGUAUAAUCUGAAACUGUACAUGAGAAAUAAAGUCUAAAACCAAGCUGGCCGGAUCAAGA